AGAGGCUGUGGCGCCGGGGGGCGCGCGCGCGCGCGCGCAGAGGGGGCCAAUCAGCGUGCGCGCCGAGGUUUCCUCGCGCCGCUGCCUCCUCGCUCUAUCCCCCCUCCCACCUUCACUCCCCCCGCCCGCGCGACGUUGCUGCUGCUCCCCACUCGCUCCCCCCUCCCUUCCCGACCCCCCCUCUCGCCGAGCUGAACCCCCCCUCCCCCGCUCGUUGCCGCCGCCAUGGACCCGAGCAACUGGAGCAGCUUCAUCUUCCAGCAGAGUCAUACACAGAACCCUCUGCAGGUUGGGACCGAAAUCCAGUCCAGAUUUUUUGCUGCUCAGGGCUGCAGUCAAAGCCCCUUCCAGGUGAGCUCUGUCUGGGCACCAAAUGGAGAGCGAUGGACCCCUUUGAAAAACGAUAUCUACUUGAGGCAGCUGCAUCUCAGUGCUGGAGACCAAAAUUUUUUAUACGAAUUGCCUCAACCUCAAAGGACUGCCACCACAACAGCCCCUCCCCAGCAGACAGCCACCCCUGCUGAAUCCCUCCAAGUGGAUCUCCUUCCUGUCUUGGCUGCAGCCCAGGAAACAGCCGCUGCUGCUGCUGUGGUUGCUGCCGCUACUGGCUCUGCACCAUCUGCUUCCACAGUAGACACGGCCGCUUUGAAGCAGCAGCAACCUUCUGCCUCUGAGGGUGGUGGUGGGCAGGUAGCACCAUCCUCUCAAACUACACAAGCCCCAACCUCCCAGGCAGCUUCUGCUACACAACAGCAAGGUGAUGCCCAGAAGAAGCCCAAGAGCAAAGGUCCCUACAUCUGCUCCCUGUGUGCUAAAGAAUUCAAAAAUGGCUACAACCUGCGGCGCCAUGAAGCCAUUCAUACGGGGGCCAAAGCUUCUCGCGCUGGACCCACGACCAUGAAGAUGCCCACCAUGGUCCCCCUCAGCUUGCUUAGUGUUUCCGCCAUCGGUGGCACAACAGCAGCAACACCUGCCCCUGCCGAAGGUGCAGGAAACACAGCAGGGUCAGGAGCAGGGCUGGUGACCACUACAGCAUCAGGCAAACGCAUCCGGAAGAACCAUGCUUGUGAGAUGUGUGGGAAGGCCUUCCGGGACGUCUACCAUCUCAAUCGGCAUAAGUUGUCUCAUUCAGACGAGAAGCCCUACCAGUGUCCUGUCUGCCAGCAGCGAUUCAAGCGGAAGGACCGCAUGAGCUAUCACGUCCGUUCGCAUGAUGGUGCUGUGCACAAGCCGUACAUCUGCAGCCACUGUGGGAAGAGUUUCUCUCGUCCGGACCAUUUGAACAGCCAUGUGCGGCAAGUCCACUCAACAGAGAGGCCCUUCAAAUGUGAGACAUGUGAAGCAGCCUUUGCCACCAAGGAUCGGCUGCGUGCUCACACAGUCCGUCAUGAGGAGAAGGUGCCAUGUCACGUGUGUGGAAAGAUGCUGAGUGCCGCCUACAUCACGGACCACAUGAAAGUACACAGCCAAGGGCCGAAUCAUGUCUGCGAACUGUGCAACAAAGGGUUCACCACAGCGGCCUACCUCAGGGUCCACGCGGUCAAGGACCACGGACUGGCCGCCCCGCGGCUGGAGCGUUUCCUUUGCAAGCUGUGUGGCGUGCACUGCAAGACCCCGGCUCAGCUCAACGGGCAUCUGCAGACGCACGCAGGAGAAGGGGCUGCGGCCACUGAGGGCCAACCGCUGCGGUGAAACGCUGGCCGGGCCACCAGGUACGGGUGAGGUCUGCCCCCUCGCGGCAGCCGUCUCGGCCCCACCUCCCGCCGCCGUCACGGUGCUGCCCAUGGAGGGAGCUUCAGUUGUGAGCCAAGCCCUCCCCACACAGCCCUGGUGAUUUCUGGGAGUGGGGAGGCAGAAGCCGACCCUCCCAGUCCCAUCCCUCUCCCUCACUGGCAGCUGGAGCCUCCAAGCCCAGAUGGAUAUGCAGUGGCCAUAUUUGGGUGUUUAAUUUAAUGGUGGUUUCAUUCAUUCUCUCCCCUGCCUGUGCUCGUAAAAUAGUGGUGCUGGGAAAGCACCUGCCCAGCCAAAGCAGCAGCUCUUGUUCAGAGGGCCAUGGAAGGGCUGUGUGUGCAUUCAGAGAGCACCCUCGUUUUAUUGACUCCCCUGCUCUAGUCCCCUUAACGUCUAGCCCCACAAGAGUCCCAUAAACCCAUGCACCCUCUCCUGUCCUUAGCCAAAUAGCUACAGUCUUCGUCACCAUAAGUCUCUUGCUCAUUCCAGCAGUGCUCCCUAUUGCCCCUAAAUCAGCUACACAAAAAGUGAGACGAUGGGACAGGAAAGACUUAACAAGCUCAGCUCAGGAACAGAAUGAGGAGGGCUCAAGGAUGGGAUAUCUGUGGGACAAAAUUGUGGGGCAAGAUUGCAGCUGGUGGGCGGGGGGGGGGGGGAGGCCAGAGUUGGGAAUAGAGUUGUGUUGGUUGAGGGGUUGACAGAACUUGGGAAACCCAAAAAGAAGUUAGAAGGGGAAUGAAAAUCAGGAUUGAGGGGCAUUGUAGGUGCCAGGAGCUCAAGUCUGGGGUGGCAGGGGGCUGCAGUGGGAUGGGAUGGAAAAUGGUUGGAUUUCUCCAUGGCUUCAGUGUGGAGUGCCCUCCAUUCCCCUGCUGAGGAACUGCUCUGAAUUUCCCUCCUUGCCCAAGCACCUCAUUCUUUCAUGGUGUCUGUUUUAAUGCUCCAUUCCCUCAGCUUCUCUUGUGAUUCGUGUUCCAAGCGUGUCAGCCCCCCACACCAAGCAUUGAUGUCCCACCCGCUGAAAACCUUUCUUGUUGCAUGCAACCCCCACAGUUUGGGGUUAGAGUCCUCGCUUUUUUGUAUUAUAUAUAUUAAAAAAAAAUCCCCUGACAUUUAAAAUAAACUCCCUUUGUGGUUUUUUGUUUUGUUUUGUUAACACAAAAUGUAAUGAAGCUGUGUCCAUCUAUCCUUUCUCCCUGUUCCCUCCCUCAUCCCACAUCUUUCCUUCUCCCGUGCACCCUUUCUGGAUCUGUGUCUCAACAGCAAAAGAUUUUAGUAAAAACAUUGAAGGAAAAAAA